UUGAAUCUGCCCAGCCCCCCAGCUCCGGCGGAUGGCAGCGUCCUGCGAUCAAAGGCCGUCGUCAAAUCACCGCGAGCUGCCUUAGUUGUCCCACAAGUUCGCGUCCACCACGGUCGGCUCUAGAUCCAAGAAUCGGUACGCCUACUACCUGCGGUACACGUCCCUAUAACGCGGUUAUCCCCGGCCAUUGCGUCUCGCCGAAAAAUCUCUGGGGCAUCUGCAGCGGGUAAGCAACCAGGCCGCCGUCGGUGCGUUGCUUGCUUACGCUAUCAUCGUGAAGGUCGCGGACACUACCUGCUGCGUUCCUGAUGUGGGUCAACUCCUCUUGUGGCGACAGCGGAUGCGCUGACCCAAACGGCGCCACCCACAACGACUGCCUCGAGGAUGCGGUCAACGCCUGCAAGUACUGCCUGCUCCCCACGAAACGUUGUACCUUUGAGAGCACCAGCGCCUUCGUUGCUGCUGAUCAUGCUGAUUCCGCGGUAAAAGUGGAAACAUUGCCCGACGUUCCGGCAUCGUUCCCGACGCUGCUGCAGCAGCAGCCGCGGCCUCGUCGUAGACGACUCUGUCGGCAGCAGUGCUGCGCAGAAAAGGCUGCGGCGGCCGCCGCGUUGAGGAGGUCGCUGAACGCCCAACGACAGCGGAUACGUCGUCUGGACGAGUCCUACCGCGCAGCCGAGAGGGCGCGCAACGCACAGCGCCAGCGGCGACUCAGAGCCGACGCUGAGUACCGCGAGCGCGAGCUGCUCAGAAGCCGCGCACGGAGGCGGCGAAAGAAUGAGCUGUGCCGCCACAGAGCUCACUAUGGUUCUUUCGAGGAACUCAGCUGGCUGCAAGAGUGCUUCAGCGCAGAGGAAUGGGCUUCCCUGCAAAGCCUGUGGCCUACACCCACACAAGGUGUCGCAUGGUAUCGCAACGGCAAAGGAUCCUGGGCUAACACGGCAACCUGCACGCCAGCCACAGCGGCUGAAGCGGGUCCAGUUCCGCUGAUGCUACCGUGGUCGCCGUCCAUGACGCCCACGACCAUCCAUUACAUCAGUGCCGCGCGAAAGUGGCCGCUCAUCAUCGGGUCGGAAGGCCCGGACGACGAGCCUGGGUCUCGGCUCCUGCUGUCCGUGCCACAGAUUGCUUUGAAGGCGGCCUCCACCGUCACCCUGGAAGAGCUCUUGACUGGAGCCAUACCUAUGCGCUAUUGGCCAGGCAGCCGCUUGGUGCCUCUGGAGAGCGACGAAAAGCUCGCUGCUUGAAAUAAAUGCGAACAACGCGGUGAGCGUUAG